CCGACAAACAUAAUGGAGAAUUUGUUGGAUCAUUGGGAGAAGCCAGCUGUGAAGGUAUCCUCCUAUCAAUAAAAAAUCUUGGCCUAUAAUGCAUAGAGUCGUAAUUGGCAAUAUUUCAUUGAAUUUACAGGAACAAAGUGCAAGAAACACUAAGGCUCGAGAGGGUCAGGUGAAUCAACAUAAAUCAGGAAGGAAGAGCUAUGCAUGACAAUGCCACCAGCUGGUAGAUUAUUCUAAAGACUUUAUGUAUCCGUGAUUUCAGAACUUUACAGUAAAUCUCAUGUAUCUGUUUGUUCAAUUAAUGUAGAAGAAGGAGAAGGGAAAUGAUGAAGAGCCAACUGCGAAAUGUUUCUCAAAACCCGUAAAGUGAAUGAAGGUCUCGAUAUGGACGAAAAUACAAGAGUAAGAAUUGAUCUCAUAGAACUUAUGUUUUAUAGAAAGUUCUUUAUCUCAUCACGUGUGACACUUUAGGUCCAAUUUGAGGAGUUACAGACUGCCCCUGGAGGAGAUCGAAGGAGAAGAAGAGCAAGAAGAAUUAGGUAGGAGGCCAAAUUUACGAUUCCAUGGACGAGGAGUGACGCCAACCAUAUUAAAGAGAAAACUUGAGGCUUCUAGGAUAAAUCAAGAAAAAGUGAUAACCCCAAAACGCAUCUGUGCUGCCCGAAGAUGUACAAAACAAGCUGGAUCAACAAACAUCUCAUCUGUCAAAUGAAUUGCGUAAUGCUAUGGCCUCGUUGAAGGAAUCCAACCCAUCUCUUGUCAUCCCCCAAGACAUGUUUGACUUCUUGCUGGUAGCACAUCAUACCGAGGCUAACAGGAGAGGUGGGAAUGCAAUGCCGAACACAGAGAUAAUGGAAUAGGCCUGGUCAAUCGAGUCAUUUGAAGGAUUUUAAUUUUUCAUUGAAUAUGUUAUGUUCAACUCGUAGUUCCAAACUUUUAUUAGCUCUUGUUGAAGCUCCAAUUGGGAUACCUCCAUUUAAUUCCUAUGGCUAGACAUGUUUUAUGUUAGUAUCAUAUCUAGUUUGUUAUAGCAGCAGUUAACAAAGUAGUAUCAUAUCUAGUUUAUUCACCUGUAGCCGAAGGAAGGAUUGCGGAGUACGAUUGUGCAGAGAAGUGGAAGUCGUAGGUGAUCUCAAUUAUGUGAUUGAAGCUGAAAGUUUGAGGCUUUGUGGAGGUUUCUUUGGUGGGUUGGGGAUUUCUUGAACUGGGGUCUCAUUCAAAUCCAUUUUUUCCUUGUGGGGUUUUAGUGUUGCAAUCUGGUAUAUCUAGGACCUCAAUUCCAGUUUCUUCUGAUGUUAACGAGGGCUUAUAGUCCUCGAGCACCUUAAUCAUUCUGGAAAUGCUUGUAGUGGAGCUUCCCUUGAGCGGCUACUGUUGAGCCUCCCUUUUUCCUUAUUGAUCUGUUUGGUCCUCUUGUUAAGACUUUGAAAGGGUGAACGUCUGAGCUGGUUUCUUCCAACUUUCCGGCUGCUUGCAAGUAGAGAGAUUUAAGUUGUAAUGGCUAGUCCACAACAACCUUCCCGAGGGUACUCUGUUGCAAUUAGUUCUUCCAACCCUGAAGCAUCAAUCCCUCAACCUGAUAGAAGUCAUAUUACUUCUUCACCUCAAGUAUUUGCUGGACCUCCCAGAUUUCCUCCCACUAAGUUGCAACAUGAUCACCUUUCUCCUUCUGUGAAAACCCCAACCUUGAUGUCACCGGCAAAUGCAGUUUCAAGUGGAAGCCCAAUUCCUCACUUGAGCACCCCACCUGGCCCUCCGGUAUUUACUUCACCUGUGCGGCCUGCUGCAGUGCCUUUCCGGACUUCCCCAUCAACUCCGCAACCAGUUGCAUUCUCAUCAGGAUCAUCGCUGCCCACUUCAUCUCCUCCCAAUUUCUCAAAUGGCUCACCCCAGUUGGAUCCCCAGCUUCCCCAAGCAAUGGUCAGAGGGAUUAAAGGAGGAGAGGGUAUUUGUCAGGGUGAAAGGUCUAAAUGGAAAAGUGAGCCGCCAUGGAAUGGUGGAAGUCCAUUUAUUAAGAAUGAGAAGAGUGUCCAGUUUAAUGAGACAGACACUCAUUCUAAAUGUGAAACUCCAUGGUUCUAGGAUUGACAGGCGGUGAGAUCUUCCUUUAUGAAAAUAUUUUUUAAUCUGCAUUUGAUCACCCCUUUGUCAUAAAUCCCUAUGCCUUACAGUUUAAGAGACGCAUAAAAUCACCAGAGGAUUUCCUCUGUUAAAGCUUGCCCCAUUAAUACUAAGUAUACAACCGCUCUUGUGGUUUAGUUUUGGAAUUAUGCGGCAAAGGAACAAUGAUUUCUAAAAGCACAGCAAAUUAGAUGGUUUCUAAAAGCUGCUGCAACUUUUUGCUGUUCAGACCCCCUGCAAAACAAGGAUUGAUAACCUAGCUAAAUGAUAUAAAGACAUGGAAUUCAU